AUGGCGGCGGCGCCAUCAUCAUCGCCACAACCACGGCGAGCCGCCCUACGACCGCUGCUGCUAGUGUCUCUCCUCCUCCUCCUCUCCGUCGUCGUCGCCGGCCACGCCGCGGCAGCCAGAGUAGCAGCGCCGGCUGAAGCGAGCUCGAGAAGCCCAGAGCAGUAUGGAGAUGUGGUGUACGAGGAGAAGGCGACGAGCUUCGCAGGGGGCGACGAGCGGUGCGGCGGCGGUGGCGGAUGGGGAGAAGAAGGAGAGGACGUCGAGGAGUGCCUGAUGAGGAGGACGCUGGUGGCGCACACGGACUACAUCUACACCCAGGGAGGAGGCCACAACUAG